UCUGAAUUCCCUGCAGUCCCAUUCCAUUCGCAUCAUUGAGCGGCGUGAUUCUUCGUCCAUGUGUGCUCGAGAGUUGGGCCAUUUGCGGAGUGCAAAUUCUCACAAAAUUAGGACUGAUAAUAUAACCAUAUACAGCUGGGUUAGUCUGUGACAUUGGUUGGCCGACGGCAGGAUCGAUUUUUGCUACACUAGGUUAAAGUGAGCCGGAGUGAAUUUUAAUCAGCUGGUAUCAGUUCGGUAGCAGUUUUUAUGUUUUCUGAUUGCAUGUUAUUGCACGAUGCUUAACAAAUUGCUACUUAGCAUACGUGUCCCUCGCCGACUGCUCGGUGGCAUCAAUAGAUACCUGCAUGAGAUUCCUUUAUCAAAGGACCGAUACGGUAUCAAGCGUGCACCGUUUUCCAGCAUUACAGACAAAGAUAUUCAACAUUUCCAAAACAUUCUUCCCGUUCAAAAUCAAAUACUACUAGGUCCGGAGGAAACGACCGGUUAUAAUCGCGAUUACUUCAGAUACGUCCGUGGACUUGGUACGAUUGUGCUGAAACCUAGAACUACCAAUGAAGUAUCAGCCAUAUUGGGCCACUGCAACAAGCGCCGAUUGGCUGUUUCGAUAUUCGGCGGCAACACCGGUGUCUGUGGUGGAUCGAUCCCCGUUUUUGAUGAAAUUAUUGUCUCCAUGGAAUUGAUGAACCGGAUUGAAGCAAUCGAUGAAUAUUCCGGAAUAUUAGUCUGCCAAUCGGGUUGUGUGUUGGAACAACUGGAAGAACAAUUGUCAGCUAAGAGGAUGAUAAUGCCACUGGACCUCGGCUCGAAGGGUUCCUGUCAGCUGGGAGGCAACCUAGCGACCAAUGCAGGUGGCAUUCGGUUGAUGCGCUACGGCAAUCUGCACGGUUCUGUGCUAGGCUUGGAAGCAGUUAUUGCUGACGGUACAGUGAUUGACUUGAUGUCAAACUUCAAAAAGGACAACACAGGUUAUCAUCUCAAGCGCAUGUUCAUCGGUUCCGAGGGGACACUGGGUGUGAUAACACGGGUGGCGAUCGCUUGCCCAACUGCUACCACAACACAAAAUGUACUGUUUCUAGGGAUGGAAAGCUACGAAGCAGUUCUGCGGACUUUCCUAGAGAGCAAAAUACGCCUCGGUGAAAUAUUAACAUCGUGUGAACUGAUCGAUCGUGUGUCAUUGGAAGUAACAGUUGAAUAUCUUAAGCACGCUGCUCCCAUCGGCAAUUUCCCAUUCUAUAUGUUACUUGAAACAACAGGUAACAAAAAGGAGCACGACGAUGAGAAAGUACGGGAGUUCCUGGAGUUUGCGAUUGGACGUGGCAUUGUUGCUGAUGGUGUUCUGGCCUGUGAGCCAUCGAAAGUUGAGAAACUGUGGCAGCUUCGCGAGCGAAUUCCGGCCGCAACAUACAGUAACAAUUUCUGUUUGACAUACGAUCUAUCGUUACCACUGGAAAGAUUUUACGACAUUGUACCAGCGAUGAGAGAACGAGUUGGUCAUUUGGUAAAAGUGGUUUGCGGUUUCGGACAUAUUGGUGAUUCUAAUAUUCAUUUAAACAUAGCUGGAGAUGUACUUACCAAUGAAGUUCAGCAACUUGUCGAUCCAUUCGUGUAUGAAUUCAGCCGGAAGCUGAACGGAAGUGUUAGUGCUGAACAUGGUAUAGGUUUAUUGAAACCAAAGUAUUUAAGCUAUUCCAAGUCUGCAGAAGCUAUCGCCCUUAUGAAACAGCUGAAGGUGAUGAUGGAUCCAAAAGCGAUUUUGAAUCCUUACAAAGUAUUAGUAUGAAUUUCCGUUAUAUUUACAAAUAUGUAUACGAUAUUACAAAUAGAAAGGAAUGUUACGUUUUUAACUAGUUUAUUUUCAAAAAUUACUCAAAAACUUCCUAACGAUAUUUAAAUACUAUGCAACAUUAUCCAAGCCGGUUUCCCUUGGC